GCGUCUCUGCCACGUAGAGGACCAGCUGCACGCUUUUAUGCUGCUGCAUGUUUGCUAGAAACUUUUUAGCUGUUCAUUCGUCCUGCUGUUUCCUCUGAAAGUUGACGGUGUCAGCAUGCUGCUGGUUGUGCUGAGCUGGCUCUGCGCCUUCGUGCUGGUGUCUGUCAGCAGCGGGGGAAAGCUGCCUGAAGCUGAGGUGACCAUAGAAGUUCUGCACAGACCCUUCCUCUGUCACCGAAAGUCUAAGUAUGGAGACAUUCUGCUGGUGCAUCAUGAAGGAUACUUUGAGAAUGGGACCAUGUUUUUCUCCAGUCGAGUUGAGGGUGACAAGCAGCCAAUCUGGUUCACUCUGGGCAUCAGAGAAGCAAUCAAAGGCUGGGAUAAAGGCCUGCAAAACAUGUGCUCUGGAGAGAAGAGAAAACUUGUCAUACCUCCAGCACUGGCCUACGGGAAGGAAGGAAAAGGUAAGAUUCCACCUGAAAGCACACUUACCUUUGUCAUCGAGGUACUAGAGAUCAGAAAUGGACCCAGGUCACAUGAGUCCUUCCAGGAAAUGGACCUCAAUGAUGACUGGAAGCUCUCCAAGCAUGAGGUGAAAGAGUAUCUGAGGAAGGAGUUUGAGCGUCACGGCUACCCUCCCAAUGACACUCUACAUGAGAACAUGGUGGAGGAUAUCUUUGCCAAAGAGGAUGAGAACAAGGACGGUUUUAUAUCAUCCAGAGAGUUCACUUACAAACACGAUGAACUGUAAAGUCCCACAAAGCGCUCGCUUGUGCUUCAUGGCGGAAACACUUGUCAGAGACUCUUUGAGGUUAUUUUUUGACUGUUUCUGCUUUGUGUGGAACUGUAAACCAUCCUGUGUGAAGCUGUGUGUGGUUUAAGUGUAGAGCUAAGGAGUUGAAGCAGAUUGUUUUAUUUUUUUGUUUCCUUAUAAAACGCUGCUUUGGGACCAUUGUCAAUAAAGUUUUCCUAACUUUAAACCCUUAAAACACUGCAGCACAUUUUGCAUUAAAG